UUUGGGAGGUGCUUUAAAUCUGACUGCCAGAGCCGUGGGCUGCUGAGAGCAGAAGCUGCCUGCACGAUGCUGAGCUCAGGUCUUCCUCCCGUCCUCCUGGUGCUCUCAGUGCUGGAGCUGAGCUGGUGCCUGAGUGAUGAAGAAAAGAAGAUCAUCUUGGAUGAGCAUAAUAAAUAUCGCUCCCAGGUCUCUCCUCCUGCCAAGGCUAUGAUGAAGAUGACCUGGGACAAUGAGCUGGAGGCCCUUGCUCAAUCCUAUGCAGAGAAGUGCAUCUGGGACCACAACAAGGAGAGAGGCCGACGGGGAGAAAACCUCUUUGCUAUGGCCCCAACCCUGGAACUAGAAUUCGCCGUGGAAGACUGGAACGGGGAGGAGAAAUUCUACAACUUGACAACAUCCACGUGUGUCCCCGGGCAGAUGUGUGGCCACUACACCCAGGUGGUCUGGUCAAACACGCAUCAGAUCGGCUGUGGGGCACAUUUUUGUGAGAAGAUCGAUGGAAUUGAAACAGAGAACAUGCACCUGCUUGUUUGCAACUAUUAUCCUCCGGGUAACAUGAAAGGCAAAAAGCCCUACAUAGAAGGACCCUCAUGUGAAAUGUGCCCCAUGGACACAGUCUGUGUGAACAACCUGUGUGCAGGUGCCCUGGACACAGAAGAACAGGAGACAAACUCAGACCAGACAAGUGUGGAUCUGCCCAAAGGAGGAGCCCCCAGUACCUGCUUGGGCCUUUCGCUCUUCCUCCUCCCCAGUGCCAUCCUGGUGGGCCUUCUGCUCUGAAGGGUCUUCCUCAGCUGUCCCUGCACCCCUCAGCAAGGCUUUUGUCAGUGCUGGUUGUUCCACAGCCCUGGUAGGCUCAGGAGGCUCCUUGGACAAUUCACACGCUCCCUCCUUACGCUGCCUUCUCUGCUGCUGCCCCGGCGAGCCAAGGCUGAUGCUGGGGGAACUUUGUCCCCUUCCUGAGGAGACCUGAGGACAGGAGGGUGUUUGCCAUAAAGCUGGUGACCUUGGAUGCUUCUCCUUUUUCCUGGCUUCUCUUCCAUUUCCAGGCUGGAAGUGUUGAGUUCUCCCACCCAUCUGCCCGUGUGGUUGGCAGGCCCUGCCACAGCCUGACCCUGGGGACAGGAGGGUGACUUGGGGACAAUGAGACAUGGUGGUUGGCUUUGGUGUUUGUAGAUGAAAUGCAGUGGUUGGCUUUGGUGGUGUUUUUUCCAACAGAAAUGCUCUUUUCCCUCCCAGUGUGUCCGUCUCAAUUUUGGACAAGUUUUACCUCUUUCCCUUCUUGUCCAAAUAGAGUGGCUUUUUGAGGAUUUCUGUUUCCUCCUCGUUCUGGUGGAGCUCUGGCCAGUACUGCCCAGCUGUUCCCCCUCUCCUCCUCACACUCUGCAGCCCUUUCCUCCUCCCAAGCCACAGAUUUAUUUUACGCGUGUGCCUGCACCUGUGUGCUCGCACAGAAGAGAAACCUUCAGAGCUGAGAGAGGCCACCAGCUCCUUCAUGUAGCUUUUCCCUGCAUGGCUUCAUUCUUUGCAUAACUGCAGUGUAUUUGAAUUUAGAUACAGAUUCCUCUUGAUGUGUAACUUGUGUGUGUGUGGUCAAGGAGAACAAGUCCCCACUUGUGUUGGUACAGUCUGAGCUCCAGAGGUACAAGUGACAUUGUUAGAGGUUAUUGGUGGCUCCUGGGCCCGUUGCAGGACCACUGGCAUUGUCUGGGCCAUUGUGUUUUGUUACCCCACGUCUCUCCUCCCUUCACCUGAGGGUUCCCAGUCAGGUGUGUUAAACAUGUGCCAAGCUUUGCAGACAGAUGGAAGGAAGAUAAUGGGGAGAUGCAGCCCCUUCUCUGGACAUUGCAACCUUUCAUUUCUUACAGAAGAGGUGGAGGAUGACCUGAGGGCCAUUACUCAGAUCCUCCACUGCUGCUCUGUCCUGUGCAUCCCCAGAGCAUGCACUGAAUAAAUCCUGUUGUGAAAG